CCAUUUUAGUUAUGUCAGCCCAGGUCUCCUUCAUGAGGAGACUAGGAUUCCAAUCCCCUCUCAGCCAGGAAGCUCGCUGGGUGACCUUGGGCCAGUCACUGUCUCUCACCCUAAUCUACCCCACAGGGUUGAGGUCUGCGGUAUUGCGCACCACAUCCUGGAACUGCUCGUGCUCAAAGGUCAAGAAGAAGAGAAGUCCAGCAGCCAAGGCCGCUCUGAACCCUUCUUCUUCCUCCUCUUGUGGGAAACAGGCAGUGUCCCCUGGGGACAAAAAUGCACCCCACUCCUCCAUUGAAGAGUUUUGCUGUUCUGCUUGGCGUACAGAAAUUCUUAUGACCUGAUGCAGUCCGUAGCCUUCCACUGAAGUCUUCCUAGCACAGUUUUUAGAUACCAUUUUGGGGCAGGAAAGGCCCAGUAGCAAUAUAUGAAAGCCUUGCCUUCAACAUUUUGUUCACUGUUCUAAAAGAAAAUCUUCCACAGUCCAUUAUUUUUCAACUGUUCCAACUGGGAAAUAACAGACAGGAAAAACAUUCCCUCCCCCCAAAAAAAAUAUUUUCCAGUUUUUUUUCACAGGCCUUGAUACCUCUAAGCUGUCCUGAAAGCACCUUCAGGGUUCACCUUCUACACUGCAGACAAUGUUUGCAGCGUACUUUCCUCUUCAGUCUCCCCCACAGUUCAAGAAAUCAGAUGCUUAAUAGCAUUCCAUCUCCUUAUGGAUGCAGAAGCCUCCCAGAGGGAAUAUCAGUUUUUAGGUCUUGGAGAGAGAACAAGUAUAGCAGAAGUGCGAAAACAGAGAGUUGAAGACAAUCUUGCACAAGACUACCACCAUUUCCUGUGGAAAAGGCUCAUCUGCUCCAGGGAAGGAAAUCUCACCACAAUAAAUACAGGCUUAAUACUAAGGCAAGGGUGAAGAAAUGGAGCCGUCCGGAUGUUGUUGGGACUCCAAAUCCCAUCAGCCCCAACCAGUGUGGCCAGGGCUGCAACACAGCGGUGAGAGCACCUGUUCUGCUCAACGACUGAGCUUAAAGCCAAGCUCCACCAGUGUCCAGUCUUCUACGGGUGUGUAUGAAAUUAUGCUAGUGUGUCCUCGCUGCAAGACUCUUGCAUUGCUUCUGUGAAAGAAGACCCAACUCACCCCCUCCCAAGGCUCUGGCAAGCACACGGGACUUGGAGGAGGGAGGGGCUGGGGAAAACCACAGCUCACGGCUGGCUGGCGGAUAAGCAAAGCUGAAAAUGUAUGGAAGCCUGUUGAUAGGCCUCACGAUAAUUAACAGGGGGCAAGGAAAUUACUCGAACUUAGAAAAGAUUGCAAACGAGGCCUCUGAUAGCGGGAGGCAACGGGAAAGCUUCUGUGGCGGAAGAAGAGUUACGAGACAUUUCCACGCUAUGCGAGUGGCACAAGAGAGAUAAGUGUGGAUGUUUCAAGGCUAAAGAGAGAUGUUUCAAGACAGGAUGAGAGGUGCAUUUAAAAGAGAAGUGGCUGUUAAUGGAGGGCAGCAUCCAAUGCAUCCGUGUUUGAUGAAGCAGGCUCUUGCCACAGCCAAACAUACCUGUUCCUUCAACCUUUCAUCAAACAACUUGUUUUCCACAUCCCUGACUAUUUCCGCGACACUCCUCUGAACCCAUUCCAUUAUGGCUACAUCCGUCUUAAACUGCAUUUCCCAGAAUUAAGACACAGUAUUCCCAAUGAGGUCUGAUUAACACAGAGUAAAGUGGAACCAUUUGUUCUCGAGACAUACUCCUGGGAAUUUAUCUUUGUGAUAGAUUUCAGCUCCUGCCAACAGCUCUGGAAGUUAAAUUUAGCUAAACAGCAGGGUAUGAACAUUAACAAUAGCUUCCAGAAGACAGCUGGAAACGAGAAUAUAUCAAGCAGUUUCUGCACUUGGUAGAGGACAAUAAUACAUGGAAAGUGCUGCUGGGUCAGACCAGUAGCCUGCUUCUCAUAGACCAACCUUUCAUCCAAGAAGUCAACACACGGGUCUUCACCUGUUGUUGCUCCCAGCAGCUGGUUCUUGUGGCUAAUCACUACUGAGAGACCCACAUGCUUACCUAAAUCCUUUUUAAAGACAUCUAAGCCUCUGACUAUCACCACAUUGCAUGGCAGACAGCUUCAUAAAUUAAUUAAAGCUUUGGGUGAAGCAGCAUUGCAUUUUGUCUGUCCUGAAUCUCCAAUUUGCAAGAAAACUUGCACCAGGAGUUGGAACUUCCAGGAGGCUGGGGUAGAGGACUUGCCAGCACUGCCCUCUCCCAAAUUUCCCUUUUUGCUGCUGCUGGGUUUCCUCUGAAGGAGCAAAGAAGGAGCCAGCUGAAGAUCAUCUAGCCUGAAAAUGUUUAACAGGGCAGAGGCAUUGACUUCAAACGGCUUUCACCUCUUUGGCUUGGCAAAGAAAAAGAAAAGCGGCAAUUUUAACAGAGAGGCGAAGGCAGGCCUUUGUUCACCUCUCUCAUCCGAUCAUUCCUCCGUUUUUUCUUGGCAUAUUGAGGGUCAGGAUACAAAGAAUAGCAAGGUCCCUGGAAAGAAAUCAAAGGAGAAGAAAGCCAGGAAAGAGCCUUCAGACUCCCAGGUAGACAAUCCUUGGGUCACUACAGAGAGCGAGUCUAAUAGCGAGGCUGGAACAGGCACUUGCGUCCGCAAGAAGAAGAAGAAGAAGAAGAAGAGGAAGAAGAAGACAUGUCGGCCUUGUGAACAAGAGGGUGGUGGUGACCUCUAUGUCCCUGAGACUCCAGAAAGGGCAGGUAGCCAGCCUGAAGAUGAUGACUUUGACAAUGUGGGCGCACUGGAAUCCACGCCCUUUUGGAAGAAGAAGAAAAAAGCACUGUUACUAGCAGAGCAGGUUGAGGCCAGCAGAGCUUCCAACAGGCACAGGGAUGCUGACCUCAGUGAUGCAGAGGGCACACAGAGAGACUUCUUUGCACCCUCUCCUCCCUCAGCACCGCAAACGCAGGAUUUGAACGUUUCCCAGGAGGUGGUUGAGUUGGAAUUCAACAGCCCUGUUGCGCGAAAGAAGCUGCAUAAGCGCAGAAUAGCGCCCAGCGCCCAUGAUUCCAUUGCUACCAAUGUUGGGCUCAUGGUGGAAGGAUCCACCAAGUCUGUUGGAAAACGUGAGCAGGUACUGCAGCAGUGUGGCUCUCCACUUAAAUUGUCCAGUUCAGUGGGCGAUAACAGGCUGCAGAAACCCCCAACUAUUGCCUGUUCAGACGCAGAGGAGUCGUCUCCCACCAAAAGUUCUGCUUCCAGCACCUUUUUCCUAGUGGACAACGAGUUUGUGGAAUCUUCUAAGCUUAAUGUGAAAGAUCUGGACUCUGUCACCCAGGAACUGGAGGAGUUCAUUCCUCACAUCAGGUGCCUGAGCACUUCAGCGGUCAAGCAGCUUGCUAGUCGAGAUCUGAUCAGGUUUAAAAACUUUAAGAGAGAAGGCAUUUCAGUGAAGUUUGGGAAGUUUUCAAAAAAGGAAAAUGAUCAGCUGGAGCGAAACAUUGAGGCCUUCUUGAUGGAGAGUGGAAUAGAGUCUGCAGAAAAACUGCUGUUUGCUCACAGGUUUCCCCAGGAGAAAGAUGCCAUCAACAAGCUGAAAUCUGAAAAUUUGUUUGGUACAAAGAUUGCUCAAGGAAUUCCACGGCCCUGGAGACUUGUAUAUUACCGAGCAAGGAAAAUAUUUGAUCCUCAGAAUUAUAACGGGAGGUAUUCCGAGGUGGAGAAAAAGAAACUCAAGAAGUAUCAAGCCAUGUACGGUAACAACUGGAAAAAGAUCUCUGACUUGAUGUAUCGAAGCAGCCACUCGGUUCAAUUAAAAUAUUCUCAGAUAAAGUGUGAUCCCAAGUCUGGCCCUUGGAGUGAAGAAGAGACGGAGAAACUAAUUCAAGCCGUCGAGGAGACGCUGCGGUCUAAAGUGAAAGGGUUGGAUUCUGCGUUGACGGCGGAAGACGGGGAGCAAGCGUUGAUGCUCCUGCGUGAAAAUCUCUACAAGGGCAUUUCGUGGAUUGAGAUCGAAGCCAAAGUGGGGACCCGGCACUGGAGGCAGUGCAAACAGAAGUGGCUUUCCGUUUUAACCAAAAGGAUGUCCGGUGGGCAGACAAGGAAUCAUGGACUUGAAAAUCUACAGGUCAAGAUCAACCUCAUUGAAAGGUUGUAUGAACUGAACAUUGAGGACACAAAUGAAAUCGACUGGGAAGAUCUCUCCACACUUGUAGGAAACGUCCCUCCGGAUUACGUCCGGAGCAGAUUCUACAGAAUCAAGGCCACCCAUGUCCCUCGUUGGAAUGAAAAAACCUUCCCUGAAAUUAUCGAUCACCUGUAUGAAGUGACGCUGCCGGAGUUAAAGAGGAAGAUGGCAAAACGGACUGCAGCGGUGAAGCCCAGCCAAGCUAAAGACUGUUGUCAGAAAAAAGUUUUCCAGUUCAGCGACAUCUUUCACCACCGCGACUGGAUCUCGGACACUGACUCAUCCUCAGAAAAAGGAGGGUCCAGUGAUUCUGAUGCUGACAGCUAGCAGAACUCUUGAGUUCUUAUACCUCCACUGAAGAUGAGAAGAAGACAUAUUUUCUUAAUAUCAAAGAAAAAAGUUAAAUGGAGCUCCAUCUUUAUUAGGGGGGGUUGUACUUAAUAUUUGACUAUCGCUAAACCUUUGAAGAAAUGAUGGGCACGUUGUUCACCCUCCGGUCCCAACGGCAUGACUGCUCAGUUGCUGGAAAAUCCCUGAACAAAGAUGUCUGCAAAGUAUUGGUGCCAUUUUCAAGGGCACCAUUGGCACUGUCUUUCUAUAGGCAUGGAACUUUGCCUUUACGAAGAUGGCAGUGGCCUGCUGAGCCAAGGGAGGCAAAGUCCCAGAGAGGAGAAUGCAGCCCCUUUGCUCCUCCCCAUGUAGUCCAAAUUUGAUCCUGUGGUUUAGCUCUCUCCAGACAAACAACAAAUUGUAGCCAAGGUUUGUUCUAUGGUUUGCAGCUCAUGGUUUGUCCGGGAGGGGAAGCUAAACCACCGCCGCUCCAGGUGUGGGUGACAUGCUAAGCCAACCACAGCUUGGCUCAGGGCAGUGGCAAAGCGGCUGCAAUCUCCUAUGCUGAGCUCGUGCAUUCUUCUCACUUGUGCUAAGCUGUGGUUUGGUGUUGCGUAUGCGCAAGGGUGCUGCGUGCGUUACCACUCUUGCUGCAGGGUUUUCUGAUGGGUGGGUGCACCAUGGCUGCAUGGGUGGCGGCUGUCAAAACUCCAUUGGUAGCCUAAUAGUGGACCAUAAUCAGUGUUGUAAUCUCUUUCAAGGCCUCUUUAAUAAUAAUAAAAAACCCAUACCAAGGAUGGUAUCCAGUGUUAGUCCUACUCAGAGUAGGCCCAUUGAAAAUAACAGACAUGACUAAUUUAGAUGCAUUCAUGUCAGUAGGUCAGCUCUGAGUAGGACUUAGCUGGAAACAACUCCAAAACAGUAUUGCCGACGCUGGGUAUGAUCCAGCUGUCCUCUUCUGCAUGUCAGGAGUAAGGAACCUUUGGCCCUCCGGAUGUUGCUGAACUACAACUCCCAUCAGCCCCAGCAAGCAUGGCUAAUGGCCAGAGAUGAGGAGGCUGUCGUUCAGCAACAUCCGGAGGGCCAAGGGUUCCCCACAAUGCCUGCUCUGUGGGAUCCAGCUUUACCGAGAUCAACGCUAGGAAGAGAGGACAGAUCCCCACUGCCAUCUAUUUGUAGAAAUAUGCCUCGGGAUCCUGUCGCAGGAAGGUGGUGAUGAAGGGGUGUUGUGUGAACUGGCAGGCAAGAUCCACUUCCACAUUCAUAGUGUCAGGUCAUGGCGGGUGCAAAAGAAAAAAACUGUUUCAAAUGGGCAUAAAACGUUUUUUUCACCCUAACGUAUUUCAUAGAAUCUUUUUUUUUGCCAGGGGCAAAAUUUUAUUUUUAUUUUUUUGAAAAAAAAAGGUUUUACUGGUCAGAUUGAGAAGAUGUGUUAAAUGUAUCUGAUAAUGACUUCAGGGUUGUAUUUGUAUACUAUUUUU